AUGUCAAGCAUGGAGUCGCUGCGGGAUGUAAAGCUGCGGCCAUGGCCAGCCUCCAAGCAAGGAACCCUGAGCCAACAAAAGCUAUAUGCCCAGAUCGAGCAGCUCACAACGGAACGGGCCCAUCUUCGGGACAUAACCAAAACGGCGUUGCAGGAAGCAUUAGGCGCAGGCAAAGACAUACCUGAUGGUGUUGCCCUCAAAGAAAAAGAGGACGAGGAGAAGAAAGAGAAGAAAGAGGUUGUGACCCAAAAGGUCACCCGCGAAACCAUCUUCAAUGCGCAGAGAGAAAUGUACAGCCACUUGGAAUGGGCCAAAUUUGCUGCUACCAAUGCCCUUGACCUUCUGUCGCUCGUCCUUUCCCAAGAUCCCAAUAAGCGCGUCGCUUCGUCUUUCAGCCAUACUUUUCGAGAGCAAGGUCUGGAACAAGGGAUACCGUUUGGGUCUUUUGGCAUCAGUAAAGAAAGCCACGAGUAUUUUGUGCCGAGACCCGAAGAGGCGGAGCGGUUGGAGGAGCUUGCGAAGAAGCAGUUACUUGUUGCCAAGGGCUCACGGAUGGAAGCACUAGAUUCUGCAGCAGAUGAGAUAUUGAAGGCUGCAAAGAAACUUGAAAAGGAAGUGCGCAGAGAGACAAAGUACUGGCAAGAGAUUGUCUCCGUCUCCGACAAGGGGUGGCCCAUCCAACGACUGCGCCAAAACGCCCGCCAUGUGCCGUUCGGUGUGCGCUUUGGACUACCUGAAGCCAGCGACCAUUUCAAAGCUCGGGGCUUUGCUCCUCUGCGCAUGUCCAAAGACGGGAGCAUUAUUCUGGACCCAGCGCUCGCUCUGAAGCCCAAGACCUUCCGCGUAAGGGUGACGCUGGAUGGUGAAACUACAGGAACCUCACAGCUCUCAGUUCAACAAGACAUGAAAGACAACUCAAUCGAAAAGUCUAUUCAAUUAGCGAGAGAUUCCUUGUUUGAGGAGGAGCUUUAUCAUGAGAUGAGUAUGGAGACACGCCAGCUCCUGGCCUAUGGAGUAGAGUUUCGAGAUUCCGUUAUCCAGCUGGAUGUGCCAAGGAUGGGCAAUACAUCGCAGCAACUCAAGUUACUAAUAGACUGCAUACCUCGGGACGAGCCUAUUGCUGAGAGUCAAAGUCAGUCGCAUAAUUGGCUGGCGCAGAACGUUGCCGAGGGAUUGCGUCUGCUCCUCGCGCAUGAACACAGCAUGCGCUUAUAUCGCAGAUCCCAAGUACCACCUCCUCUCACAGCAAGAGCCCAGGAGAAACCGCCUCCACCAUUGUUGCGCACACUACUUGCAGUUUUCCGCCAUCUAGAGAGCGUGGACUCACUGUACGUGUACCUGGAGACUUUGAAACGGACGCUGGACAGCGCCGGCUUGGAAAUGGGAUUGGAAACUACACGCGAAGUAUCGUGGGCUAAGGCAGCAGAGAGCCUGAAGACCCCCAAGGUUGGACUCUCCACAAGCGACCAAUUGCUCGAGAUAUUCAACAAGCCCUUUGAUGGGAAGGCUUCAAUAGUGCUUCCUACUGCAAGCGGCGCUCCGUCUGAGAUUCUAUCAGUGGUCACACGCACUGUUCUCGCUCAGCCGAUUUUUGGCACGGAACACAAGCUCACACUACCUGCUUCCUUGACAGCAGAACUCGGCCUAUCUCAGACCAUCAAGUUCUCUUCUGUCGACGAAUUGACGUCAUAUCUCGACUGGAUUCUCUCUUCACACAUAGUCCACAGGAUCAUCAAGGGCGAAUACUCAUCCCGGGCGGUGAUCAAAGACGAAGACACCAACGUGACUAUACUAGGACAGGUUAGCAAGAAAGGCUCGUCGGCAUCAAAGAAAGAUGUAUCGAUCGAAGUCUGUGAUGGCAGUCUGAAGAUGAAGGUGACGAAUCUUGAUUGUUCUUCAGGGAGCGAAGGCAAUGCUGAGACGUCGCAUUCAUGGGAUGGUAGUGACGAUAGCACGGCACUGAAGGAGUUGCUCAGGUCUUGUGUUGGAUGA